UAUAUAUGUAAGUAUACUCAGUUGAUAAGGCGUAUAGUAGUACAAAAAUUAUUGCUGAUGUUCAUAACAGUAGAUGAUUAAGUGCGUAGUAUCGUAGUAUAUUUUAAUUACAAGAGUAAUCAUUUAACAAUUAUUCAACAUUCUACUAGUCUCGAUUUAUGAAAUAAGAUGGGGAAGCAUCACAAAAGAGAAAUUCCACCAAUGUUAAAAAAUAUAUUAGCCAUUGAUGUUCAAUUAACAGAGAAACUAGUAAAAUGCAUAGAAAAAUUGAUGCCUCUGAGACAACUAAAAAUACAUAACACUGCAUUAGAGAUAUCAUGUCAUGGUAUACCUUGGAUCGCAUCAAUCCUUGCAUUUAUUUGGAUUCUUGAUAAUAAAAAUUUGUACCAAAUGCAAGUGAAUUUAUUGUUUGGUUUACUACUGGAUAUUAUUGUUAUUGCCAUUUUAAAAGCAUUUUUUAGACGAAGAAGACCAGUACCUACUAAUGAUCCUUUUUCAGUGGGUCCUGACAAAUACUCAUUUCCUUCAGGUCAUGUUUCUCGUUCAGUGCUUAUCUUUUAUGUUUUUAAAUAUUUGUGGCCAGUAUCUGUUAUUUGUCUGCUACCAAUAGCAGCAUGGAUUUUCUCUUUAGCUAUGUCAAGACUUUUAAUGAGAAGGCAUCAUAUUCUUGAUAUCUGUGCUGGACUUAUAUUAGGUUAUGCUGAAGGAAUGCUCUUAAGUUUUUUGUAUUUAGAUGCUAAAACUUGUGCAUAUUUGGUAUCUUGGCUGAAUGAUGCAAAAGUAGAUGGUGCAGAAGAUGAUGCCUAGGAAUUGAUUAUUGUUUGACUAUAAUGUUUGUCUGUUGACUUUAAAAAAGAUAUUAUUCCUUAAUUCACUAUUUUACACAGUCAAUUUUAAUGAUUAUUUUUAACAAACUAACGCAUGCAAAGAAGUGAUAUUUUAAUAUACCUUGAUUUUAAUUAGCUAAGUGAAAUUCGGCAACUACCAAAAUAGAAAAGAGUUAACUAUAAGAUUAUUAUUGCUAAGACUGCCUGAAAAAUAAGGAAUGUUAUUUAAUGAUAGGAAUUUAUGUUUUAUUUUAAAUAAAUGUGUGGGGGAAAUUUAUAUUUAA